AUGAGUGAUGAUAUACAAGUGAUAAAAGAAGAUUAUGUUAUCUAUAAUUAUCCUGUAAUGAGAAUUAGAGUAGCAUUCUAUUCAAGUUUGUUAGUACCUUUAUUUAUAGCAGCAUUUGGAUGGUUAAUUCAGAACAGAGUUCACGUUGCAAUACCAUUAAUAUGCUCACUCAUAGCUGGAAUUGGAUUACAAGGUCAAUGUAAUUGUGUUUCAACGUAUCUAAUUGAUGCUUGUCCAGGAAAAAGUGCUUCGGCGUUAGCUUUAAGUGAAUUCUUUUCAUAUUUGUUGGUUGCUAUUGUAAUUUUAUUAUUUAAACCUCUAGAGGUUAUUUUAG